AUGAAACUCUUCCUCAGGCAGGUCUGGACAUUGACUGUCAAGAAUCUGUUGGUGGUGUUGGUCCGUCCGCUGUUCACGACCGUUAUUCGGGCCUUGGUCUUGCCGGUAGUCUUCAUUGCUUUUAUAUCGUACGCGCGAAACCUGUUCAUCGAACCGGCAACAUACGGGAUCGGCGAACCGACCCCUCUGCGAUCAUUCUCCGAUGCACUGGGUCUCGUCGGUGAGGGAAGGGACAAGCUGGUAUUCGUCCACAAUGGACUGGUUGAUGGUCCAAUCCAGCAAGUAAUCGAUCGCGUCGCGGAGCCUGCCAGAGAAAAUCACGACCAAGUGCAUAUUCUUACCUCUGAGGAUGAGCUGCGCGAGGUGUGUCGUUCGUCGCUUCGGGGGGUGUCGACAUGUGUCGCCGCCGCCGUAUUCCAUUCGUCCCCCACGGAAGGUCCAUAUGGCGCCUGGAAUUAUUCGAUCCGAAUGGAUGCGGCACUGGGCGCGGGGAUAGAAGUCGACAAGCUCGACAAUGAACAACAGAUCUAUCUUCUUCCGUUCCAGCACGCCAUUGACUGGGCCAUAGCCCAGGUCAACUCGUCCACGGGCCGACGCCCACUUCCCAGCGAGAUUAUGGAAUAUCCGUUUACGUCUUUGACCCAGAAGGGUCGCGAGGACGAAAUCAGAACCCGCUAUAUGGGCGCUGUCAUCGACAUCAUAGGAGUCGCCAUUUUCAUCGGUAUCGUUGGUGUCUCGUACCAGCUUACAGGCUUGAUCGCCAUGGAGCGAGAACUAGGCAUGAGUCAGUUGAUCGAUUGCAUGAUGCCGAAUACCUCGCGGUGGAAGUCUCAAGCCGCCCGGUUCUGUGCUGCCCACCUGGCCCUGGAUAUUGUUUACGGUCCUGGUUGGAUCAUUGCCGGCGGCAUCCUGAAGUAUGGCGUAUAUAGCAGAACCUCCGCCGGUAUCACCAUAAUCUACCAUAUCCUCGUUGGUCUAGCGCUGUCAUCCUUCUCCAUCUUUGGGGCAUCGUUCUUCAAAAAGGCACAGCUGAGUGGCAUUACCCUCGUCAUUGUCUGUUUACUACUGGGCGUGGUAGCCCAGAUGGCCCCUACCGAAAGCAGUGGGACGGUUGGGAUUCUAGGCCUCCUCUUCCCGUCGAUGAAUUAUGUCUACUUCUCCAUUUUCAUGGCUCGCUGGGAGCGGCAGAAUUUGGCGACGAACCUUGUCGAAGCGGCUCCCCAAAAUCCUUGGACCCUUCCUGGAAUCGCUCUGUGGAUACUUCUGGUCAUUCAAAUUAUCGUUUACCCUGUGCUUGCAGCCGUGGCAGAGCGUAUACUCUAUGGCACGACCUCAAAGAACCGACAGGCCACGACUUCUGACACCUCGGCCGCCCUCAGUUUGAACGCGUUCAGCAAAGAAUAUCAGCCGGGAUGGCUCUACCGGAAUAUAGCUUCGCGCUUUGGAAGCAAUCGAAGCAGUGUGCUGGCAGUCAACGGUCUUACAAUGGAUGUGACAAAAGGAGAGAUCAUGGUCCUUCUCGGGGCUAAUGGUUCGGGAAAAUCCACUACACUGGAUGCUAUUGCUGGUCUAACGACAAUCUCCUCUGGGCAAAUCGACAUCAGCUACGGCGAGUCAGGAGGCCGGUUUGGUCUCUGCCCCCAGAAGAAUGUUCUCUGGGAUUCACUCACAGUCAACGAGCACGUGAAGAUAUUCAACCGACUUAAAUCCACGGGGAAAACCGAUUCCAAGGAACAACUCUCCAAGCUACUUGGUGACUGUGACCUUGACAAAAAGGUGAAUGCGCGCACUGUGACACUCUCUGGUGGUCAAAAACGCAAGGUUCAGCUGGCGAUGAUGUUCACUGGUGGUUCGUCUGUGUGUUGUGUGGACGAAGUAUCAUCUGGCCUUGACCCAAUCUCGCGCAGGAAAAUCUGGGACAUUUUGUUGGCGGAAAGGGGCUCUAGGACCAUUCUUCUGACAACCCAUUUUCUGGAUGAAGCUGACCUUCUCGCUGAUCACAUUGCUAUUCUGUCGAAGGGUGUUCUCAAGGCUGACGGGUCGAGUGUGGAGCUUAAGCAUCGACUCGGCUCCGGAUAUCGUAUCCACGUUCUCCAUGUCCCUGGGGCCCCCAGCCUACAGUUCAAAGAUGUCCCACAUGAGGUUCAUUUUGACGAGACGCUCUAUACUGUCCAGAGCUCGGCAGAAGCCGCCUCUUUCGUGUCAACGCUGGAGCAAAACGGUGUGACCGACUACCGCAUCAGCGGCCCGACAAUAGAGGAUGUCUUCUUGAAGGUCGCCGAAGAAGUGGACUUAAGCAAAGCCCCGACAACUGCCACCAGUGAAGCUGACCACGUCCACUCGAAAUUUGCCGAGGUCAUGGAGGAAGAAGUUGGCCAGAAUGAACUGCAGCUUCUCACUGGAAAGCGCAUCGGCAUGCUCGUCCAGGCGUGGUACUUGUUCCGUAAAAGAAUCACCAUUCUUCGGCGGAACCCUCUCCCUUAUAUUGCUGCCCUGCUUAUUCCCGUCAUAGCUGCGGGAUUGGUUACUCUGUUCCUCGAAGGAGCCACGAAGACGGGAUGCUCUGGAGCGAGUACUUCUAAGGGUCCAGAAACCCAGUCUUUAGCAUCACUGGACGGCUUCCAAAUUGUGCUUGGCCCAUCCAGUGUGGUGUCCACUGCAGCGCUCGAAAAAUUCGUCAAGACCCUCGAAAGCACAAGUGGGACCAAGAACGGAGGCCCCGAUUUGAAAACUCGUUUCCAUAUGGUUGACACUUAUCCGGAGUUCACGAGCUAUAUCCAAAAUAACUAUGCCAAUGUGACUCCUGGUGGCUUCUACCUUGGAGACUCCUCUUCUCCGGCCACUUUGGCAUGGGAAGCCGAUAACGGCGACUUCCCACUUGCGGCCGUUGUGCAAAAUCUCUUUGAUCGUGUCCUGACCGGUAUCCCAAUCAACGUGCAAUACCAGCCUUUCGAGAUUCCCAUGCAACCUGGAAUGGGGAAGACACUUCAAUUGAUCGUCUACUUUGGUCUUGCGAUGUCCGUGUACCCCGCCUUGUUCGCUCUCUAUCCUACGAUAGAACGUCUGAGACACGUGAGAGCGCUGCACUUCAGCAAUGGGGUACGAAGUUUGUCACUCUGGCUGGCGUACCUUGUCUUCGACUUCUGUAUUGUGCUUGCGGCCAGCGUCCUCGCGAUCGUCAUAUUCCGGGCCGUAUCAGACGUAUGGUACCAUCCAGGGUAUCUAUUCGUGGUAUUUUUCGUCUAUGGACUGUGCGCGACCUUGCUCUCGUACCUGGUUUCACUCUUCUCGAAAUCCCAGCUCGCAGCCUUUGCCUUUGCUGCCGGUGGACAAUGCGUUCUCUUCCUCAUCUACUUCAUCGCAUACAUGUCUGUCCUGACCUAUGCACCCACCGAGAAGGUCGACUACUACAUCGAGGUAGCCCACUUCACGAUAGCGAUCAUAUCUCCAGCAGGGAAUCUCCUCCGCGCCAUGUUUACCGCUCUCAAUACUUUCUCGAUUCUCUGCCGGGGUCACGAAGUCGCCUCUUACCCUGGCGAGAUCACCCUCUACGGCGGGCCCAUCCUCUACCUGAUCGUUCAAUCCCUAGUCCUCUUUGGUCUAAUUCUCUGGAUCGACGGCGGGCCUGUCUUGUCAUCCCUCUUCCAUAGCAAGUUCAAGCCCACGGAUUUCGAAGAAAAGAGCCCGGUCGACAAAGACAUCGCGACAGAAGCCUCCCGCGUGGCAACCUCUUCAGAAGACGGCCUUCGCGUCCUCAACAUAAACAAAAAGUUCAAGAAACUCACAGCAGUCGAAGACGUCAGCUUCGGGGUCGGCAAAAGCGAAGUCUUCGCCCUACUCGGCCCCAACGGCGCUGGCAAAACAACAACCAUAUCGCUCAUCCGCGGCGACACCCAACCCACCCGCAGCAACAGCUCCAACAACAGCGAAAUCCUCGUCGACGACAUCUCGGUCCUCAAACACCGCGCCUCCGCACGCUCCCGCCUUGGCGUCUGCCCCCAAUUCGACGCAAUGGACCAAAUGACCGUCCAAGAGCACCUAACCUUCUACGCGCGCAUCCGCGGCCUCCCCCCCAACAACACAACCCACAACGUCAACGAAGUUAUGCGCGCCGUAGGCCUCCUCCCCUUCUGCCACCGCAUGGCAACCCAGCUCUCAGGCGGCAACAAGCGCAAGCUCUCCCUGGGAAUCGCCCUAAUGGGCAAUCCGUCCGUGCUCCUCCUCGACGAGCCCAGCUCCGGCAUGGACGCCGCCUCCAAGCGCAUCAUGUGGAAGACCCUCGCGGCCAUCGCGACAGGCCGCUCAAUCGUCCUCACCACGCACUCCAUGGAAGAAGCGGACGCGCUCGCGCACCGCGCGGGCAUCAUGGCCCGACGCAUGCUCGCCCUCGGCACGACGGAUGCCUUGCGCUCUCGCUACGGAAACAUGUACCAUGUGCAUAUGGUGCACUGCGCCGCACCACACACAACCGAGUCCGACAUGGAGCGCAUCCGAACUUGGGUGGCGGCUUCGUUCCCUGGUGCUGUCGUCGAGAAGAAGACGUAUCAUGGCCAGUUGCGGUUUAGUGUUCCUGCUUCUUCGCCUCCCUCUCUUGAGGAGCACCAGAGACGAGACACCGAGGAUUCGUCCGUGGACGAGAUCGGGAGUGCCCUGCAUGACAGUAGCACUAGCCGCAGCGUCAGCAAGUUGUUCUCUCAUCUAGAGGAGAACAAGACGGCUCUAGGCGUGGAGUAUUAUUCGGUUAGUCAGACGACGCUGGAUCAGGUCUUCUUGACUAUUGUUGGGGAACAUCAUGUGAAGGAGGAGGGUUCGACAUGA